CAUGUGUUUAUUCAGGCUCUGGAAGAGAGAAAGGGCAAGGAAAAUGCCACUCAGCAAAGCACGCUCAAUUUCAGAUGGAAAAACAGACAGAAACCGUAGACGGACAAGCGGAAAAACUGGAGCGGGCUCUGCUGGAUGAGUGUAAACCACUUCUUAGAAACAUCCUCACACAUUGGGAACCCAAACCUGAACCCGUAGACAAUCCUGAUUCAAGCAACCUAAACGUCGCAACUGCAUGUUUAAUUCUCAAAUGGGCCCUGAAGACAUUGUCCGAGAGCCUGUAUGAUGACAGCAGCACCUCAGCUCUUUUAAAAUGGGUGAAUAGCGUCAUUCUGCCGCGCUCUGCUAUGGUGGACACUGUUCUGUCUGAUGAAAUCACCAGAAAGGACUUUCUAAGGUUAUAUCACCACACAGCGCAAGAGCGUGGCUCAGCAAUGGACACCCUUCAGCUGUUCUCUACAGUCAUGGUUCAUUUGCUCGAGGCGCGCGGUGGGUUACCCGACGUCAUCCACCAGACGGUGUUACGAACCUGCUUGCCUGCGAACACAGAGGAUGGUGCCAAGAAAGAAAGCGGCCUGAGACUGCUGUCCCUGUACAUCUAUGAGCUGUGGAGCGGCGCUCGGUCACCUGACCUCCUGCUGACCCACGCCAGGCUGAUGCGCUCCAGGACGGCCACGUCUCACACACUGCUCAUGUGCAGAGAGAUCCUGUCUGCGCUCGACCCCUGACACUGGUAAUAGAAGAUGUUUGGUGGAUCUUUUUGAAAUUUUAU